AUGUCUUUUUACGUUCAGCAUGGGCUGCGUCCCCUUACAGUUCUUUCUUAUGCUGAUAACAUAAAUAAGACUGUUGCCCAGAUACAAUCAGACAUUGGAAUUUCUGACGCAGUUAUUGCGUUUCAUAAUCCAAAUUUUAUAGAAAUUCUAAAAACGGACUGUAAUCCUUUGAAACUGUAUCCUGAAGUCUGCAUUGAAGGGCCAGUUGAUAAAUAUAAGCCACCUCCGUACUACUUUAAAGCAAUUCCGUUAAAUCAAAAUGGUAAAUAUUGGUUCUAUGUUGAAGUAGAGACUCAGCUGAAUGUAGCUAUCGAUCCAAUAGCAGUCCCAAUCUCUAUAUCCGAAAUGACUAAAUUAAAGGUUGAAGAUAUUUUACUUGCUUUUAGGGCAAAAUUCGGUUACGAUUUCUCGGAUGAGAAGAUUUCGAUGGACGGAAAGAUCCUGUCAUUGGAAGAUCAAGCAUAUCCUAUCAUUCAGCAAACAAGAAAUAAAAGACUUCACAUUUCGAUAAAUGUAGGCGAUGCAGGUCGUAAAAAGAUAUGCGGUCGCGAUCACAUAACAGCCGAAAUCGUUAAAACAGAGGAAUCAUACGUAAAUAGCUUAAAAAUGUUGGAAGAUUAUUGGCAACCAGCGUUUAAAAAGGCAAAAAUAUUUGAAGAGUCAGAAUUACACAAACUAUUUCGCGAAAUCAAAGGAAUUUACAAAGUUCAUUCAGAUUUUCUCGAAGAUUUGAAAAAAAUUGAAAUUAAAUUCAGUUCUGAAUUAUCAUUUGUAUUUCUCAAGCACUUAGAUAACUUCACAAAGGCAAUGGUAUUCGUCUCCGCUUACAAAGCCCUUGAUGAUAUGGUCAAAGCGAAGAGAUCUGUAAAAUCAGUUGAUAAACAGUUCAAAGAAAUCGAAGAAAAAUGUCCUGAUUCAUAUGGACGUUCAUUCUUAUCGUUUUACAUCACUCCUGUACAAAGAUACCCAAGAUAUCCUUUAUUAUUCAGAGAAUUAGACAAAUUCACUCCAAGUUUCCAUCCUGAAAAGGAAUUCAUCAACUUUACAUUCCAAAAACUGACAGAUGUAAACAAACACGUUGAUUCGAUUUCUCAUCGCGUUUUAACGUUAAACAAAAUGCAAGAAAUACAAGCAUGCAUGCCCCCGAAGUACUUGAUCAUCGAGCACGGCCGUGAAUUGAUUGAGGAAGCGGAUGUCCGAAUCAUAAGUAAAAAAUCCGGCCAAGGAAAGCUUCUUUUAUUCAACGAUAUCAUUCUACUAUGCUUCCAGAAGAAGAAGCAAUACACUCCAAUCAUUAAUCAGGAGCUUUUACGUUUCCAGUUUGCAAAUGACACUCCUGCGCUGAAUUCCCUGUCAACAUUCUUCCAGGGCGAGCACUACCAGAUACAAUUCCUCGAAAAUGCGGACAAACAGAACUGGAUUGACGUUUAUCAUUCAACAUUAGAGGAAAAGUACAAGGAAAUGAAGAUUUCGGAGCCGUUUAUUACUUGGACAGACUUAGAAAUCAUCACUGGCAUGUCAGAACGCAUGUCCCAUGAUGGUUGUUUGUUUACCGGAUCAUGUUUCUUCUUUGGAGGCAUAAAUAACCUCUUCCAGUCAACAUCCACACUCAUACAGUUCAUUAUAUCCGAAAAGCAGUGGAUUGUCGAAGAAACUCCGGUUCCUGCUCGAGAAUGCCACACAAUUACGGCUUUGAAGAACGAUUUGUACGUUUGCUUCGGUCUGAACAAGAAGACAGGCAAGGUGUACAGAGAUAUUUGGGUCUACAGGCUCGCAAGUAAGCAAUGGAGCAGAGUUAAGCCAGUAAAUGGAAAACCAAUCGGCAGAUACGGACAUUCAUGCGUCGCUUAUGAAAACAAGCUUUAUUUCUUCGGCGGAAAGCUCUCAAACAAGAAGAAAACCGAAAGCGAAGUUUCCGACCAAAUUUCCGUUUACGAUCCCGAAAACAACAUGUUUACUGACAUCGUAGCCAAGUCCCCUAACAAUAUCAGCCCACCAGCAAGAUACAGCCACUCAGCAACAUUAAUUGGCCGAAAACACUCCCGUAUGGUCAUAAUUGGGGGGAGACAUGAAGAAUUUUUGGGUGACUUAUGGAUAUACGAUUUCAAGAAGAACAAGUGGUCACAGAGAUUUAAAGCUAACGUAGAUCCCCGCUCAGAGCACAAAGCGAUCUCAAUUGGCCGCUUUUUGGUUGUUAAGGGCGGUAUAAAGGAUUCCAGCUCGAAAGAAAUAGAAAUCAUCGAUACAAAGCGAUGGAUUAAACUCGAUGACGUGAAAUCUUUCGGCAACAGCGCUCCUUCGCUCUCCAAAUUCUCAAUGCUGCCAAUAGGACCUGAUGAAAUCCUUGUUUUCGGAGGAACAGACCGAAUCAACCACAGGAACUACGCAACAGCAUGGAUUGCGAAUCUCUCGCACAAUUUCGACCUGCACGAUGACGACAAACCAAUAGACAGAUACUGGAGAAACACAAACAUCGACUGGUUCUCGUCUGCGGCGAAAGAAGAGACAAAAGAAGAAAAUUUCAAGAUCAAAGAAGAAAUAAUUCCAGCGCCAACUCCAAACACAUACGAAAAGGCAGAGCCAAAGCCGAAAGACGCCAACUGCAGAGACCUCAGAGCGAAGAGGAGGAAGAAAGAGUAUUCAACACACACGUCUGACGUUUCUGACUCUGACGAAGAGGAUAAACCAGAAAGGCUCUCUGCGCCAAGGAUAUCUUUGGCAACAAUGGAGAAAAGGAAACACAGACACUCGGCAAAUAACUUGACAAAGCCUAUUUCGACAUCCCAAGAAUACAUUUCAGUGGAAUCAAGCAACUUCACCCCUCCUCCAGGUGUCCAACCACUCGAAAAUGUUUACACAAGGAAUUAUAUUUCUAAGACUCCUCCACCAGCUGCAUCCUACGAAAUCUCCAUGCAGCAGAGACCUUACUUAAUGACAGAUAAUUCUCCUCUGUUUUUCACUCCGAACUACUCAAACCUUUCUCCAUUGACAGAUUCGAGUUCUGUUGAGUUCCCUGCUUCUAGUCUCUCUACGGAAUAUUCAUCAACAGAAGUAAUUCCUGUUUCUGAUAUCAAAUCACCAGAAACAGUUCCAAUCGCUCAAAUUACUCCUGUUCAGCCAAUAGAAGAGAAAAUCCCUGAAAAUCCAGUAUCAUCAAUUUCAGAUUAA